CGGAAAAGCGCCGGCUUUUUGCGAUUUGUUUUAUUUUUCUUCUUACAACCGCUGUCUACAAUAAGAAGAGAGGAGAGGGCAGAUGGAAAGAGUUUGCAACAGGAUAUAGUAGAUGCAAUAUGUCUGUUACUUCUGCUGAGUCUGCCGGUGUGCAGCAAGAAAAGCUGGCUGUUGAUAAUAACUCCGCGAUAACCCCGACGGAGAAGAAGACGAAGGAGGAGGAGGAGUGCAAUAAGGCCUCCCGAGCGAGCUCAGACGAGGCCGUUGACGUCGACGGCAGCGGCGAUGCAGAUGCGAAUGCAGCAGCAGAAGACCUCGAAAAACAGAAACUGAAAGAGAAAAUACACGGCCCGUCGUUCAUCUCAGACCUCGAACACGGAGUCGUCGGCUGGGACUCUGAAGAUGACCCUGCGAACCCCAAAAACUGGUCAAAUCGACGAAAGCUGAUGGUCAUGAGCUUCGUGAUAAUCACAGGCCUCAUGGUCCCUACUGUCUCGACCCUCUUCGCGCCCGGUCAGGCGCUCAUGGCCGCAGAGUUCGGCCUCACAAACUCCGUCGUCAAGCAAUUCACCGUCUCGUCCUAUGUCCUCGGCUUUGGCUGGGGCCCACUCAUCCACGCGCCAAUGUCGGAGAUGUACGGCCGCAAGUACGUCGUUGCGAUAUCAAACCUCCUCCUCUCGAUCCUCAACAUCGGCUGCUCGGAAGCCACCUCGGUCGCAAUGUUUCUCAUCUUCCGCGCGUUGUCCGGUAUCCUUGGCUGCGCGGGAAUGGUCGUCGGCGCCGGCAUUAUCUCAGACAUGUUCAGAGUCGAAGAGACGGGAAGAGCUACAGCGCUCUACCUCCUCGGCCCAAUCAUGGGUCCCGUCUGUGGUCCCAUUCUCGGCGGCUUCAUCUCGCAGCGCGCAGGCUGGCGCUGGUGUUUCCGCGUCAUCGAGAUCUUUGCCGGUAUAAUGUCUCUCUGUUUCUUCUUUGCCGUUCCCGAGACCAACGCAACCGUCCUCCUCCGUCUCAAGGCCGCCAGACUACGGCGCGCCGGUGGAAGCCCUGACCUGAUUUCGAUCAUUGACUCGCGCAUUCCGCCCAUGAAACCGCGCGCAAAGUUCACGGCAAAUAUAUCGCGCGCGUUCAAACUGAUGCUGUUUGCGCCUAUUGUUGUUGCCUUCUCUCUCUACAUGACAGUCGCGUACUCAUAUCUCUACGUCUUUUUCACAACCCUCACCGAAGUCCUGACCGAGCAAUACGGCUUCUCGAUCGAGAUGGCCGGCCUUGCCUAUCUCUCUGUUGGCGCCGGCACAUUCACCUCCGUCAUGGUCGUCGGGUCCACAAACGAUAGAAUGGUCGCCUACCUCACCACACGUAACAACGGCGUGCGGAAACCUGAAAUGCGUCUCGGCCCCAUGAUCAUCGGCAGUAUCCUCAUCCCUGCAUCAAUGUUCUGGUACGGCUGGGGCGUGCAGACUCAUAUCCACUGGUUCCCUUUAAUCCUCUCGCUUUUCCCAAUGGGCUCAGGCCUACUCGCCUCCCUCCUGCCGAUCCAGGCAUACCUGAUCGAGCUCUACGCCCCCUUGGGCGCAGCUCAUACCUGAUCGAGCUCUACGCCCCCUUGGGCGCAGCUGCCUCAGCGACCGCGGCCCUGAAUCUCUUGAGAUCGACAGCAGCGGCUCUGAUCCCGCUCUGCGUGCCGAGCAUGAUCGCCACUCUGGACUACGGCUGGGGAUACUCGUUGCUGGGAUUUCUGGCGAUUUUGUUUUGUACCGUCACUAGUAUUUUGUUUGUAAAGUGGGGAGAAAAUCUGCGCGAGCGGUUUCCCCCGAGGAUUUAGUAUACUGCAUGGAAGGUUAUUGCAUUGUUAAUGAUAUAUCUUAUAUAAUAUGAGUAAUAUGAAGAAAUGAGC